CGUCGUACAAGCGAUUGUUUUUACUAGUAGUAAUUCAUGGCUGAUAGAAGUGGUAGAUUCAAGGAUGUUAAAAUUGCUGCCAAACAUUUCACGACGUUGAUUAGGGAGGGACUCAUUGAUUACUAUACACCACUUAAAGAACAAACCGAUGCUGCUUUUGUUAAGGCUGUGUCGAAAUUUCAAUCGGAUACUUCUCAGGUCCUUACAGAUUUACGAACUGCUGUGGAACGUAAGGAUUAUGAGAGUUUAAGGCGCCAUUUGGAAUGCCUCAAGGUUAAUGCGAUAAGCAUAGGUGCAAGACGGUUAGAGAGUAUGUGUACUGUCUUCAAGAAUUUUUGCGAUGACAAAUGCGAACAAAGAUGCAAAGUUUGUGUGGAAGAAGCUAACAAGGAGUUUGUACUCGUAAGUGGUGGUCUCGAUGACAUUAAAAGGGAGAUUGACCAAUUUAAAGUGGUAUGUAAGCGUAAGCGUAAGCGUGAGGGUGAUCCCUGAUAUGUAUCAGAAAUUUUGAACGUCGAUACCGGAUUAUCUGAAUAUCCGAAAGAUGAAAGAGAUCGAUGAAAGAGAAAGAUAAUGACGUAUGAAGCCAAGAAGAAUCAAAUAUGUGCAAUAUCCCAAGCUGCUGAGCAACCAAUGAUUUCAUUUUGUGAUUGUAGUUGUAAUUGUUCAGAUGACUCUUCCCAUGAAAGCUGCAGAUUCUUCAUACUUCAAUUCAUAUCAGAACACUUUUUGUAACCUCGAUCAAACUUUCUCCUUUUCAUAUAAUCAUCAUGAUUAUUAUUGA